GUCAGUAAUGCUCCUCUAAGCUGGUUUACCAACCGCCAAUAAACACCACAGAAGAAGAAGAAGUCAGCUCGGUUCGGUUCAGCUCGGCUCGGAACCGUUCAGUCCAGAGCAACAUGCAGGAUGGCGAGCGUGGAAACAGCCGCCGAACACGAACGCAUCCUGCGGGAGAUCGAGAGCACCGACACCAACUGCAUCGGUCCGACGCUCCGGUCGGUGUACGAUGGCCGGGAACAUGGCCUCUUCAUGGAGAAACUGGACGUGCGGAUCAGGAACCACGACCGCGAGAUCGAGAAGAUGUGUAACCACCACUUCCAGGGGUUCGUCGACUCCAUCACAGAGCUGCUCAAAGUACGAGGGGAGGCGCAGAAACUGAAGAGUCAGGUGACUGAGACCAACACGCGUCUUCAGGGUGAUGGCAAAAAGCUCAUGAGCACUAUGGAGGAGCUGCAGCAGUGUCGAGUGCAACAGAGGAACAUCGCCACCACCAUCGACAAACUGACGCACUGCUUACCAGUCCUGGAGAUGUACAGCAGACUUCAGGAGCAGAUGAGGGCCAAAAGGUACUACCCGGCGCUGCGGACGUUGGAGCAGCUGGAGCACACGUGUCUUCCCAGGGCGGGUCAGUACCGCUUCUGCUCCAUCAUGGCGGAAAACAUCCCCAAACUGAGGACGCAGAUCCGGGACACGGCGAUGACGCAGCUGAGAGACUUCCUGGAGAGCAUCCGGAAACACUCGGACAAGAUCGGAGAGACCGCCAUCAAACAGGCCCAGCUGCAGCGCUCGCUGGACAGCUCCGCACAGCCGAGGGCUCUGAUUGGACGACGCAGCAGAAAGGAGGCGGCGGCGGCGAUGGGGACAGGGACGGAUAGCGACCGGCAGGGUGGCAGUCCGCUGUCGGAACAGGACUCUGGCAUUCUGGAUGUGGAAGACGAAGAGGAGGAUGAAGAAGUCCCAGGAGCUCACGACUUGGUGGAUUUCUCUCCAGUUUACCGCUGUCUGCAUAUCUACACUGUGCUGGGUUUGCGUGAUGUGUUUGAGAACUACUACAGAAAGCAGAGGAGGAAACAGGCUCGCCUGGUGCUGCAGCCUCACUCUAACAUGCAUGAGACUCUGGAGGGAUACAGGCGGUACUUCAAUCAGAUUGUCGGCUUCUUUGUCGUGGAGGAUCACGUCCUUCACACCACGCAGGGUUUGGUCAACCGAGCGUACGUGGAGGAGCUUUGGGAGUUGGCGCUGUCCAAACUCAUCGCCGCCCUGAGGACGCACUCCUCGUACUGUGACAACCCCGACCUGGUGCUGGAUCUCAAGAACCUCAUCGUGCUGUUUGCUGAUACUCUGCAGGGUUACGGUUUCCCCGUGUCCCAGCUGUUUGACAUGCUGCUGGAGAUGAGGGAGCAGUACGGAGAAAUCCUGCUCAAGAGAUGGAACAUCACCUUCAGGCAGGUGUUGGACCAGGACAACUUCAGUCCGAUCCCAGUCGCCACAGAGGAGGAGUACAAACACUACACUUCCCAGUUUCCCCUGGAAGACCCCGAACUGGACAAGCUUCCCUUCCCCAAGAAGCUUCCCUUCUCCGAGUUUGUGCCAAAAGUCUACUGCCAGCUCAAAGAGUUCAUCUACGCCUGUCUCAAAUACUCUGAAGACCUGCAUCUCAGCUCCACGGAGGUAGACGAUAUGAUCCGCAAGUCCACCAAUCUGCUGUUGACCAGAACCCUCAGCCACUGUCUGCAGUACGCCAUUAAGAAGAAGAAUGUCGGGCUGGCGGAGUUGGUGCAGGUGAUCAUAAACACCACCCACCUGGAGCAGAGCUGCCACUUCCUGGAGGAGUUCAUAUCAAACAUCACAAACGUCCCGCCGGACACGGCGAACGCUACCAAGCUGUACGGGACCUCCACCUUUAAGGACGCUCGCCACGCGGCCGAGGCGGAGAUCUACACCAACCUGAACGCCAAGAUCGACCAGUUCCUGCAGCUUGCUGAUUAUGACUGGAUGGCCGCGGUGCAGGGAGGCGGGACUCUGGAGGCCAGCGACUACCUGAUCGACCUGAUCGCCUUCUUGAACAGCACCUUCAGUGUCUUCACCAACCUGCCUGGAACGCCCAUACAACACGCCACUUUACCGGGUAAAGUGGCCCAGACGGCCUGCAUGUCGACCUGUAAACACAUCUCCACCUCCCUGACGCAGCUCCUGCUCGACCCGGAGGUCAGACAGAUCUCCAUGGGAGCUCUGCACCAGCUCUACGCCGACGUCAAGGAGUGCGAGGGUUUUGCCAGAGCCGGCCCGGUCGCAGGCUUCCAGGGUGACACGUUGCUUCUGGCCUUCAGUGACUUGAGACAAUUACUGGAACUGUUCAUCCAGUGGGACUGGUCGACCUACCUGGCUGAUUACGGCAAACCCACCUGCAAAUACCUGAGAGUCAACCCACACACUGCACUGGCCCUGCUGGAGAAGUUAUUUAAGCCGAUGAAAGAGACGAGCCGGAAGAACAACGUCUUCGCCCAGUUCAGGAAGACGGACAGAGACAGACAGAAGCUCAUCGACACCAUCGUCAAACAGCUACGCAACCUCAUCGCACAGCACCACACCUAGAGCGAGCCACCUGAUUGGCCAGCAGGCCCGAUGCCUCCAUCCCCAAUUAGCUGAAUUCAACCCUGCAACCUCUAAUUGGCUGAUCUAUGCACCUUAACUUCACUGAACUUCCAACAACCACAGCCACUUCCUAUUGGUUGUCUUCAAACCUGCGACCAACUCGUUUGGAUAACACGGUCAUACUUUUUUUUAUUUCAUUGGUUAAUUUAAACCAAGAAUAACAACUGCCUCGGCCACAACAAGUAAUUAAACAGCUCGGGUUUCACUUUAAAGGGAUAGUUCGGGUGUUUUGAAGUGGGGUUGUAUGAGGUACUUUUCCAUAGUCAGUGUAUUACCUACAGUAGAUGGAGUUUACCUGCCGUGAGACAGCUAUACAGUCCUAUGUUUCU